AUGGAGGAGGACUGCAACUUCCAAUAUUCCAGCAUGCUGCUCCAGGGCUUCCCAGAAGAAGAAAUCCAGGAAACUGGGUUGGAGAACAGGGAAGCUUCACAUCAAACUGGCCUCAGUUUGGACAUGAACUUAAUGGAGUUCUGGAGAUGCGGAAGGUUCCAGAAGCAGCAAAGUCAACGGGAGAUCCCUGGUCCAGCUGCACUACCAUUCCUGGGUAACCUGAAGGACCUCAGGCAGCAAUAUCUCCACGUCCGCCUGACUGAACUAGCCAAGAGAUUUGGGCCAAUCUACAGACUGAGGGCAUGGAGAGAGGAGAUCGUGGUCCUGAACAACACGGAACUGAUAAAGGAAGCGCUGCUGAAGAGAUCGUGCGAGUUUGCUGGACGGCCUGAGAACAUUACCGGAAAGGCCAUCUCAUUCGGUGGGAAAGACCUGUCCCUGGGAGGUUACACCAGAGUGUGGAAGCUCCAGAAGAAACUGGCUUACAGCGCCAUCCACCAGAGCCGGGCCUCCGACCUCGAGCCGGUGGUGGAACGGGAAGCUCGGAAACUGUGCGAGGUUUUCCAGAGCUAUGUGGGGUCACCAGUGGACAUCUCAAGGGAUUUCUCCAUUUCCACCUGUAAUGUCAUCUCCUCCCUGAUCUUUGGCACAGAGUACGAGAGGAACGAUCCUGAGCUUCGUGUUAUACACGACUGUCUGGUGGAGCUGGUCAGACUCUGGAACUCCCCAUCAAUCACUCUCCUUGAUAUGUUUCCCAUCCUACAGCAUUUUCCCAACUCCACUUGGAAGGCAUUCCUGAAGGAAGUGAAGAAACGAGACUCCUUUGUGACACAGCAGAUUGACAGCCAUAAAGUACGUGAGUAUGUUUCCAUAUCUGUCCAGGAGAAAUGUUUCACUUUGGCCUUGAAGGGCUUAGUGACGUUUCAGAAGGGCAAGGUCCGGGAUAUCACUGAUGCACUGAUGAAGCAUUUCUGGGACCAGGAGGAAGAUGCAGCAGAGUUGGAGGAGCUCACAGAGGAACACAUUCACAUGGUAAUCGUGGACCUGUUUGUGGGUGGGACAGAAACAACAUCCUCGACACUGGGCUGGGCCAUCGCCUUCCUCGUUCACCGGCCAGAGAUUCAGGACAGGAUUAAGCAGGAGAUUUGUGAAAUGGUUGGAGAAGAUUGUUACCCAGCCUACGCUGACAGGAAGAAGCUGCCGGUCCUGUCGGCCACCAUUACUGAGGUCCUGAGGCUAAGACCUGUGGUGCCCAUCUCCAUAAUGCACCGUACAACCUGCGACACCAGUGUGGCAGGUUACUUUAUUCCAAAGGAAACCAACGUCAUCACCAACCUCUUCGGAGCUCAUCAUGAUGAAAGCAAAUGGCCAGAGCCGACUCAUUUCAGGCCAGAGCGUUUCCUGGAGGCAGCUGACACUGAGAGGGCCAUGCAGAGUGUACUAUCGUUCAGCCUGGGGGCCCGAACCUGCCUGGGGGAGUCUUUCGCUCGUGUGGAGCUCUUCAUCUUCCUGGCCUACCUGCUGAAGGAAUUCCAGUUCAUGCCCGAUGUGCAGGGAGAUCCCAUCGAUCUGCAGGGCCAGCCGGGAACUGUACUGCGAGUCAAACCCCACCUUGUGUCCAUCGUCCGCAGGCCAGCUCCCCAACAUGCCCAGCAGUGA